GGAAUCCGUCUCUUGGGACGGCGCCAUACACGGCCGAGCGCGCACUGGAAAGGUUAACGCGCGUGCUGCGCGUCAAGCUAUCUCGUUUGCAUACACACGCAUGAGCGCGAGGCCUCGCCGCUUCCUGGGGACAACGGCGGCUCAACUGCCAGCGAAACACUUCGAGACAGGUAGAACGCACUAGCGCGUGGUUCCAUCCGGGAGAGAAACAUGACGUCACCGUGGCGAGUAGCAGUGGUUGGCGGAGGCAUCGUGGGCCUCAGUGCCGCCGUGCGCAUUGCCGAGGAAGUGGAGCCCGGUAAUAUCCACGUGACCGUGCUCGCCGAGCACUUUAGCCCGCACACCACGGGCGAUGUGGCGGCGGGAUUCUUCAACCCUUACAUCGUCCACGGUGUGUCUGAGGAGAAGCUCAGAUCAUGGUGCAUCGACGCGUUCAACUUCUACCGAGACCUAGCGGAGGGACCCGACUCUAAUGAGCUGGGUCUGGCCAUCUUGCCGGCCUACAUCCUCACGGAAGAGCGCACACCAAGGCCUUCAUACGCGGACGCAUUUUUCCACUACCGGGAGCUGGCGGAAAGCGAGCUGUCGUUGUUCCCGAAAAGAUAUAGGUACGGCAGCUACGUGAUUUCGCUGACAAUCGAAUGCAAAAAAUUCCUGCCCUACCUCAUGGAACGUCUAGAGGGCCGCGGAGGACGCCUGAGGCAGUGCAGAGUGAAAAGCCUAGAAGAGCUUGCAGGCGAAUAUGAUGUCAUCGUCAACUGCACAGGCUUCGGAGCCGGUACUUUCGUUCCCGACCCUCAGGUGCACGCCAUACGAGGUCAGACGAUCAGGGUACACGCCCCUUGGAUCAAACACGCCAUCGUGGCGGGUGAAGAUUACCACGUGAUACCAAACAUCGACGACGUCAUGUUGGGCGGCACCAAGGACGUCGACGAGACUUCGCUCAUUCCGGACAGGGACAUUGCCAGGAAAAUCUGGAAUGGCUGCCUGGAACUUGCACCGAGUCUCAAAAAUGCCAAGGUGAUAGGACAUUUUGUGGGCCUUCGUCCCGGAAGAAAUCCUGUGAGGAUCGAGCGGGAGGAUUUCGCCUUCAAGCAUGGUGUCGGAAAGGUUCCCGUCAUUCACAACUACGGUCACGGAGGCUCCGGAAUCACCAUUGCCUGGGGAUGCGCCGGCGACGUGGUUCGCCUGGUGCAAGACUCGAUCGGCGAGCGUUCGCCGGACGGGCGCAAGACAAGAGCCAGGUUGUGAUCUACCGGCCGUCUAA